GGGAGGUCAGCCCUCUGCGGGGCUCUGACUUGGGCCUUUGGCUGAGAAACUUACCUAAGGAAAGACCAGACCAGCUCAGACAGCUCCCGUCACUGGCCUGCUGUGACGGGACCAACUGGACCAGUGUGGCUGUGCGUGGGUGCUGGAGGUGGAGGGCAGUGGGAAAGGCGAGAGAGGAAAGUCACUUUUGGAAUCCUGCCUCAUUUUCCCUGGGCUGGGCAGCCCAGGAACAAGUUCACGGGUCAACAGAUCAUGUGACCAAUGGGGCCAAACUGAGCCAGCCAGGGUGUUAGGAGGCGGGGACAGGAAGGGUCCCUGGGUGCCCCUGAGGAGCCUGGGGACGGGCUUCAGAGCAGCACAGAGCCCAUCAGCUCCCUGCCCCUGGUGUGGGUCCAGCACACGCUUCUUCCUUGCAUGACGACCUGCUGGAUGUGGCGUCUUGGCCAUCCACAUGGCUAGGAUGGAGCGAGCAGAGGCUGUCACCAUCUUCUGGAACCGGGGAGCUGCAGCUAACUCGGGUCGGGAAAAUGAGACAGCGGCCGCCCACUCGAGGUCGUCAUGGCGACAGCCAGUGAACGUGUUCCUCUCCUCGGGCAGGCCCCCGAGUGUAGAGGAGCUGCUUCGCGAGGCGCAGCUCAAUCUCCAGAGCCUGUUGCAAGAAGAAUAUGAGGAACAGUACUCGGAGGCCAGACUGCUGGGGCAGACCUUCCGCUCUGCUGAUGAGGCCCCUGAGCCCACCCCCAGCCCAAGGCCCCAGUGUGCCAGGCGUCUGGAGUUGGUACUGAUGCCUACAAAACAGCAGCUGAACGAGGAUGAGACCACCACCCAGGGUGUGAGGGCCCCUGAGGCCUCUCUGAGCCUGUCGACCCCAGCCAACAAGCAAGCUGCCUGGACUAGCCCCUUCCCUCUGCCCACCCUAGAGGAGAAGCGACGGCGGCAGCCUUGCUCCACGCACUCUGACAUUGUGCCAAUCAACAUCUCUGGGCAGCAGUUUGAUAAACAUGCAAGUUUGCGACACUCGUUGUUUAACACAGAGACAGCCGUGAACCCCAAGUCCACCCUGAGGCGGAGGCGGACCAUUAUUGGAUUCUCUAACUUUUCCCAGCGAGACCAAGGUCACAACAACAGCCCCACAGGCAGGGUGCCCCGCUCUGCCAGCUCAGACAUCAGGCCCAGUCAUUCUGUUCCAGAAGGAGCUUAUGGAAGAGUUGCAGUUGGUCAGGAAGCCCCGUUCCCAAAUCUCACCUCACCAGUACUGAGAAAUCCUUCUAGUGACCCAGAAGAACCUCUCCAGGCACGUGGUGGCACCAAGCCUCCUGGCAUGGAGAGCAUGGGAAUGGUGUAUAGUGUCCCCAGUUCUUGCAAUGGACCAACAGAAUCUACAUUUUCUGCUUCCUGGAAGGGAGAUGCUUUUACCUACAUGACUCCAAGUGCCACCAGUCAGAGCAAUCAAGUCAGCGAAAAUGGAAAAAAUCCUUCCACUGGGAAUUCGUGGGUCUCUCUGCACACACUGCCACCUCUGGUUCCUAAGGAGGCUGCGACCCUCUUUGUCACUCGUGACAACCCUGCAGGAUGCAGUGGGCCAGCUGGCUACUCUGAGCACCCUAUUUACCGAAGGCAAGGAUUGGAGCGACCCUUCAAGGCCGGCCUUCUGACAGGUGGUACCUCGAGACUGGAGACAGGCCCAGGUGGGGUCAGCAGGUUCCGGGAGCGCUCGCUGUCUGUUCCCACAGAUGUGGACUGUGGUGAGGAGCAAAAGGCCAGUGAAGCCUGUGCCCUGCCUUAUGCCAGUACAAGUUCUGAGGGGAGUAACAGUGCAGACAACAUUGCAUCCCUUGGUGCCCACCAGGAGGUCCAGCACAGAAGGCAGAGAUCCAAGAGUAUCUCACUUAAGAAGGCCAAAAAGAAGCCUUCCCCACCGACGCGCAGUGUGUCGCUGGUCAAAGAUGAGCCGGUGCUCUUGCCAGAAGGUGGGCAGGCACUACCCAAGGACCAGAGGCCCAGGAGCCUUUGCCUGUCCUUGGAACACCAAGGACAUCACUCAUCCCAGGGUCACCCCGCUGUGCCAACCUUCAAAGAUCCAGAAGGUGCACACUUCUCUCAGCACUGGUAUCUUAGUGACUGGAAGUCUGGUGACACCUACCAGUCCUUGUCCAGCUCCAGCACUGCCACUGGCACCACGGUCAUUGAGUGCACCCAGGUUCAGGGCAGCUCAGAGUCUCUUGCCUCCCCGUCCACCUCCAGAGCCACUACGCCUUCCCAACUCUCCAUUGAGGUAGAGGCCAGGGAGGUGCCCUCCCCGGGAAGGCUCGCUGGGCUGAUGUCACCCUCCAGUGGCUACUCUAGCCAGUCAGAGACACCCACACCUACUGUCUCCAUGUCCUUGACCUUAGGCCACUUGCCCCCUCCAAGCGGCAGUGUCCGGGUGCGUCCAGUGGUACCUGAAAGGAAGUCAUCCCUACCCCCAACAUCACCGAUGGAGAAAAUUUCCAAGUCACGACUAUCGUUUGACCUACCAUUAACCUCUUCGACCCACCUGGAUCUGUCUGGGAUGAGUAUCUCCAUCCGAAGCAAAACCAAGGUGAGCCGGCAUCACUCAGAUACAAAUUUUGGGGCCAAGCUGGCCCAGAAAACUAGCCCCAAUCAGCCAAUCAUGCCCAUGGUUACUCAGUCUGACUUACGCUCUGUUCGCCUGAGGUCAGUCAGCAAGUCUGAGCCAGAAGAUGACAUUGAGAGCCCUGACUAUGCUGAGGAAUCAGGAGCAGAAGUCUUGACCUUGCCAGAGAGGAAGAUGAAACCUCCCAUAGCUGAGAAACCCCCACUGGCCCGAAGGCCUCCAAGCUUGGUCCACAAGCCCUCAUCCGUCUCCGAGGAAUACCCACUAACCUCGCCUGCGUUGGCUGUGACCUUUAAGAGCUCCAAUCAACACAUGCGGCCACUCCCUCCAGACACCCAUGCGGUAGCUCGGAAACCAAAGUCCUCCAGCUUCCCUGAGGCCAGAAGCCCAGGGGGAUCAGCAGCACCCUCCUCUCUUGUUUUCACACCUUUUGUCAGUUCCUCUGGUGCUUUCUUCUCAGGAACACAGCAACCUCCCCAGGGAACUACGGAGGACGAGGCCCCCAAGGUGAAAGCCCUGCCUGAGAGGAUUAGCCUCCAGAGCCAGGAAGUCGCUGAGAAGAAGAAAGGCAAGAUCCCACCUCCUGUACCAAAAAAGCCCAGCGUGCUGUACCUGCCUCUCACGUCACCCACAGCUCAAAUGGAGGCCUACGUGGCCGAACCCAGGCUGCCUUUCAGCCCUGUCAUCACCUUGGAGGAAGAUGCCAAGUGUCCCCGUGCCGGCGACCAGCUGCAAUCACCUGGUACAAGGAUGACUUCAACCCCACAAGCUGACGGUGAAAGGGAGGCAAGCCCUACAGGGAGUUCUAUGGAAGCAAGCACUGAAGAAAAAAGUGUCAUCAGUGAUAAGACAGCUGAAUGGAUUGCUGAAGACGAUGACGAUGUGUUUGUGGCUUCACGCACAACUGAAGACUUAUUUACAGUGAUACACAGGUCCAAAAGAAAGCUGCUUGGCUGGAAGGAGCCCGGCGAGGCCUUUGCCGGAGGCAACAGACCGAGCUCCCACUCACCAAUAAGGAACGCAGCUGAUGCGCCAGUCAUCAGUGAGCCGGCUGCCUGUGCCAGCCUCGAUGCUGGCAGAAAUGAUGAUUUCAAAGCCUUGCUACAGAAGAAGGGAAGUAAGGCAACCCCGAGGUCCCGCCCCUCAGCAGCUGAACUGCUGAAGACCACUAGCCCACUGGCUCGGAGAAUUAUCGCACAGUUUUCAAAAGACUACGACAGCACCGACAGCCCCAGCACCUAAAGCACAGGUCGAGCAAGCAGGCUUUAGCGAGUAGACCUGAGUAGAGAAGGGGGAAGAGGAAGGCUUUUCAAAAGAAACCAUGCAAAUAACAAAAGAGCCUACAUUUCUUUUACAUCCGCUUACAUUCUGGACAGCAGGACAGAGACCACUGUAUCUAGAACUAAAAUCAUCAGGCACUUUAAUCAUCCUCAGACAUUUUACAUUUUCAUACUUCAAAUCUUGCCAUUACUUACUACCGAUUUUCUCAUUUUCCCCCAGAAAUUCUCAGAUGCAAGGGCACAGGUGCCAUCUUUUCAAUCAAUGACUCUGCUGCUCCUGUCACUGAGGGAGGGGCAUGGUGUGAGAGCAGAUUGGGGGCUGCCACACCUGGGGCCGUAGGGAGCCAUUGCUGAUUAUUCGCUUUCCUCCAAGGACUUGAUGACCUAUGUGGAGAAACAGGAAGACUUGGAUGCCUCCUCGACCACAGUUUAUGUCUCCCUCUCAAGACGUUUGCAGGUGUGCACUCAUUGCGGCAUGGGGUUGAUUGGAUGGCUUUUGUUGUGCAAAAUAUGAAUGUGACUCUGUCCUGAGCUUCAUGCCUUUUUCAGUUUGAUUGUCUACACGGAGAUCAGGGUGAUGAGUUUCAAUAACAUACAGACCCUUCCCCCCCACCCCUCAGCUAGAAAAGGUCAGGACUGGGUUGCUUUGGACGAACCAAGCUAAGCCAACAAACUUGGCUGCCAUUUGUUCACGCCAAUCCAAGGUAACUUGCACAUGAGCCUUGAGACCCUUCAAGUGUCUGCCAACGAUAGCUAGGACCUGUGCCCAGCUUAUGCUGCAUUCUAAGAACUCUCAUUCCACUUGCAUAUGACACCCAUUACAGGAAGUGAUUAGCUGAAGGAACAGCAUCAUCAAAGGCUAAUGGAGGAGAGGAAGUGAGUGUCACUUGCCCACCACCAUUCAAUUCAGAUUGUGCUUUGUGUUGGGUUUGGUUUGGUUUAAAGAAAGUUUUACUCUGGUGCAAAUCUGAGAACACAAGCAAAAAAUAUACAUCCAGAAUCUAAAAGGAAGCCUUGCAAGUUGCUAUGGCCCACAACACAAAAAAAAGGGCUACUUUUUGCCAUUUAGUUUCUGCUAUUUGACCAACUUGCAGUUAACCAUGUGGGAGGAGAGUGUAAAAACUGGGUAAAAGGGAUGCUGGUGGAGCCACAGAAUAAUCAUUGUGACCCCUCCUCCCCCACCCCAAAGCUUAGCGGCACUAACUAUUCUUGUCAGUUCAAUUUUCUAAGCAAAACAAGAACAGUGAUUCAUUUGAUUUUCAUAUGUCUGUUUCUGGGAGGUUGGGGGGAAAGCAGACAAAGCAGUGAACAAAGAAAUCUGGCUGACCAAUAAUGGUGGGUUAAUUGUCCACCAUUCCCAAGAGGGAGAAAGAAGUCAAAUGAAAUUGUAACCUGCUUCACAGAGGGUUCUGCGACACCUUCCUCCUUCAUUCCCCACCCCUGCCACCCACCAGUCAUUGAUGAACCUCCUGGAAGAUGCAGAAACUGCCCCAGAGACAAGCAGAUCUUGGUUUUGAUAGGUCACAUUGUUCACCAAUGAGAAGCAAGCUCUUAGCUCAGCUGUCCAGUGGACAGAGCAGCUGGAAAACCACACUGAGUGCUAGAAGACUUGGGCCCCUCACACAGAAGCCCGAAGCCUAGGCCCUGGGUUGGUACAGUUCUGAACUCUAGACUUCUGAGUACAGGUCAGGCCUACCGACACCCUUGCAAUCAGCACUUCCCCUUAGUGACUUAGACAGCAGCCACUGAAAACAAUCACCAGCAAAAGCCCAGUUGCUUUUGAAAACAUUCGAACUAUUUGGUUUGAAGGUCCUGACCAAAUUUCAGUGGUUUUGCCUGAAAUAAAAUAGAUUCAUUCCUGGCCUUUAUUUACAUGUGAAUGUCACAGUUGUCUGCCCCAGUCGCAGAAUUCCAAAAGACAGAAACAUUUCCCUGUGUAGGGAAACGAAGGGGUGUUGUGCUUUCGCCUGACAAAGGUGAAGGGCCGCCAGGCCUUUCUCCUGGGGAACUAUUAUGAAUGGCUGAACUCUAAAGCCAAGUUUGAGACUCGCAUGCUAUAGGACUUAUUACUUCUGCUGAUUUUUCUGGAAGCUUCUUGUUUGCUACUUCUGGUGGGGUUUGCCGCUCCCCUCAUCUUGCUACCUCUGGUGGUUUUCCCAAAGGAUUCUAAUGUGGAAUUCCCAGACACCUUAAUGUUUUUCAAUUACCUUGACUCUUGCUUUCCUCUACAAUAGCCUGUUUGGCUGGAAUUUUUAGAAUAUGUUCCAUGUAAUCACAAUGGCCCUCAAAUCCCCAGUGGUGUUCCCAAUAGCACAAGAGGGUUUGGGGCAGAGAUGGUAAGGUUGGAGGCAGCACUGAGGACUGAGGCUUAAUGUUGGGAGUAGGAAAGAUGUUGGGGGUUAUGUUCAAGCCUGCCUCUCGCCCAGGCACAUAGCACAUGCUUGCUGCCUUCUGCUGAGACUGGGCACAAGAGACCGAAAGCCCCACCAGGAAGGCUUUCGGAGAACCCACUACUACCAGUGUGAAUAGUAAUAACAGAAGGGGUUCAAGGGAAAUGAAGUUGGCCCUAGGGGGUCAGUUUCCCAUUCUAGUUGUUUCUAUCCCUUUGUUACCUCUGAUUCCAGCUGGUGGCUCUGCCAGACUGAGUCCAGUCCAGUCAAGGAGAACGUUAAUUGGUAGCCAAGAGUGCUUUGCACUUGGUGGGUAUUCGUUACGAAUUUGUGGUUUGCAUGUUGAGGAUAGCGAGCCAGUCAUUCUCAGCAUGACAGGAAGCUUUGCUGGUCUCCUGCCCUUUACCUGUCUCGGUCUCUCUUGUGGGGCUCUCACCUGGCCCUAACUUGUCCCUCAGCCCCAACUCCUGUGAACUGCAUGCCUAGUCGACAGUUCACCCUUUAAGGAGGCAAGACCACAGGCAACAAAGUAGUUCAUGGUAGCUUCAUGCACACAAAUUGACCAGUUGAUCUGGACACAUCACCUUGAAUGUGCAAAGAUAGAGGAGAUUCUACAACAAGCAUUUUACCAGACAUCCAUUUUAACUGUCUAGACAACAUGGAUCAGAUUGCGAUCCACUGUACCCACCAGUCUCAGCAGAUCUGUCCAUGCACCUGCCUUCUUUCUCAUAAACCAACUAGUCCCUAAAAAGCCGAGUUCAUGGCCAGUGCUCUGUUCCUCACCACUGCAGCCUUUCAUCAUCUCCACAUCUGUAACACAAUGGUGAGCUGUCCCUUUAAUAUGAUUUGCCAGGGCCACGACUAGAGUGAGGUGAGUGAGGGGCCUGGGGUGCAAAAUUUAAGGAGGCGCCCAUUGUCGGGGCUGUGCAAGUGCCUUACCCUGGUCCCGGCCCUGCGUUCACACUCCAUAAAGUAGUAUCAGUUAAUCUCCUUCCUGUGAACAAGUAUGGUCCUGAUUUGGGGGAGACCCCCACCUCUUUUUGCAGCGAAUGUUUUAUCGCUGUGUUUCCACUGCUAUAAACCUUUGUAUGCCUCUACAUCACAGACUCUUCAGUACUAUCUGAAAAUAUGGUUGCUUUCUACGUCACCUGCUCCAGGUGGCAAGUUAGCACCCAUUUCAGUAAGGGAGGCAGACCGGAAUAGCCCGUCAGCAAAAUCAUGAGUGAGCUGGGGUCCCCAGACCUUGCUUUCCAGCACCCACUGUCCCGAGUGCCUCCUACUUUGUCCUCUUCCCAGCUAAGAAAAGCGUGCUCUCAGGAAAGGGCUAAAUUCAAGGCUUAAUGCUACCUCUUCUGAGGGUCGUUUGCAGCUUGACAGGGGAAAAGCCUUAAGCCAAAGGAAUGAAGUUCUACUUGUAGAAUUUUAGGCAUCAGUUAGUGGCAGAGGUGUGUUUUUCACCGUGGAAAGGCCAAAUUCCCUGACAGCUAACUGCAGAAUGUAGAAAAAUACCGCUAUCUCCUGGAAUUGUUUUCCUAAAUGACUGGUGGUCAAUUUAACUGUGCUGAUACCCAGUGCCACCAAGGGACUCUCAGAAAUGGCUACGAAAAGCCACUGAAAAGGCCUAGAUAAUUCAUUUGUACAUGACCAUUUUUACAUAGAUGGAACUAAUAGUAUUUACCAUUUGAGUAAAAACACAACGAUUUAAAGAGUUGGUGAAAAUGUGUCCUGUUUGUGAAAGGUCAGACUGUUGCAAUACUGUCCGAUCCACGUCAGUCAUCCAGCAUUGGUGGUGAUUGUUAAAACGAUUGGAGGUACAGCUUUACUGAACACAAGCCUCUGCUUCCCCCAUCUAUGUUUUGCGCUCUCACCUCAGCUUGGUAUGAGAGUGAGACCAGUCCCUCCAAAGCCUUUGCGUGCAUUUCAGCUCUAAGCGACUAAGACAUUAGGGAUUUAAAAGGACAAGAGAAUCACUCUGUGAGGGGUGUAAAUGUCUAACUAGUAUGUUGCUUUGUACACCUGAAACUAAUAAAAAAAAAGGACAAGAGAGUGGGAAAGAGGUACAAAGAUCCUCCUUUGUCAAAGGGCAGCAAAAAUUAUAAUGAUUGAAAUAAUGACAUGAAAUAAACAAAGUUUUAGAAUAUUCUGAAACAAAUUUAUAGAGGAACACAGUAAUAAAUGGCUAUAGACACAUAUUUGAGAUGCUUUUAAUGUUUAGCGAAAAUGAAUUUGUAUAAGUCAUGGGUUAUGUGAAAUAGGUAUAUACUCUUGUUCAGUAAAGCCCCCAAUCAAAGCUAGCGGUUCUCAAAGUGUGGUCCCAGGACCAGCAGAGCAGCAGCCCUGGAGUGUGAGAGUGUGUGUGUGUGUCUCUUCCAGUGAUGUUACUUCUUCAAGCCCUCGAAUCACACUAUAGCCACGACUGUCCCAAUGAUCCCGACCUUUCCUGUCAUUUCUGCUAUCAUUACAGUGAUCAGUCUCUGGCUAAGUGCUGUAGAUUGUCAUGUUGGUCAGGUAUAUGUUGUUUGGUGUUAAGAAAUUAUCAGACUGAAUCAACUACUUGCUCACUUUUUACACAUCUAGCCUGAUUUGGGUUUAAACAAAAUUUUUUUAAAUUCACAAAUACGAAAAAGGAAAAGGUGUUGCGUUUGUUUGGGAUUGCCAACCAUUAAAUAUCUAUCUUCACCAUGGUGGCUGUUUUCUAGAAGGGCUCUGGCAGAAGUAUAUUUGAUUUUAAGAUUUUGCCUAAAUAGUGGAAUUUGUAUCUACAAAUCCACAAACAAAAUAUGAGCUGGAACAACCAGUUAACCCCUCUCAGCCUCUCUUUAAUGCCAAGCUUUAUAGAAAUUUAUUCCUUACGUGGUGUUGAGCUUUUUUAAUGUCCAAUUUUAUAAAAUGUUAUGCAUGCAAAUACAAUGCUUGUUGUACAAGUCACCUCAAAUUCAUUUCCUCCGCCUUAUGUAUGAUGGUGAAAAAAUAUCAAUAUGUAUGUUCUUACCUCUCCUGAUCGAUUGUAAAUUGCAAAUCUUUUCAUUCGUUUUUAAAUGAGAUAUAUUUACUCUG